UCUGAUAAAAAGAAAAAAAAGAUUUAACAAAACCUCGUUGCCGCUGAGAAAAAAAAGGUUUUACCAAAACCUCCGACAUCGCCGUCGCCGCCGCUUCUCGUAGUCGUCUCCAUCAUCCUCCGUCGCCAUCUUCAACAUCACAAACUCCGAUAACUAAACCCUAACUUCAAUUCUGUUCGAUUCGAAUAUAUUGAUUGUUUGAUCCAUGGGGAAGAAAGGAGGAGCGAAAAAUCUCCCAAAACCGGAAUCAAAAUCUCACACUUCUAUUACACUGAGAGAAGAAGCCACUGGAAAAUUAAAAACGAAGCCAAUCGUUAACACAAAGUCACAUCUGAAAAUCGAUCAUUUGAAAAAACUUGCGGUGUGGACCACUACUAACCCUCACAUACCGUCUCUGAGUGCCUUCUAUGGUCAGCAUUUGGCCACCGUUUCAGAGGCUGCUGGUGUACCUCCUGAUCCUUCUCUACUCACUUGCCAAAGGUGUGAAACUGUUCUUCAUCCCGGCUUUAAUUCAACUGUACGAAUUGAGAAAAAUAGAUCAAAGGUCAGACACAGGCAAAAGAAGUUUGGCAACAUCGCCCAAAACAAUGUCGUGUACAAGUGCCAUUUCUGUUCACAUCAGAAUAUCAAGAGAGGUACCCCUAAGGGACAUUUGAAAAAACUAUGCCCGACAAAAGAUAAACCAUCCUUAGAAUCAACACCCGCCACAAAACCAAUUGUACACAAAUCUUUAAAAUUAGAGAAACACAUGGUAAGCAAAGAUGAAGGCGGUGAAUUACACACUGUUGGUUCAGAAGUUGUAGUUAAGGACGUCGCCCCUAUGAAGGGUCUGGAAACUCCGUUUAGUACAAGUACACCAACAUUGUUAGAAGCAAAGAAGAGAAAUAGAAACAAAUCCUCGUCCAAGAAUGCGUUUGAAACUCCAAGCAUGUCUGCAAGAGUAAAUACUCAGAGCACUGCGAGCAAAAGACGGAAAAAAUCAUGGACCAGUUUAAAAGAAAUUGCUAAGAGCAAAGAGAGUGAUAACAGUGGAGUUGCUAAUUCGACAAUCCCAUUUUUUCUAUAACUUGGAAGAUUUCUGCAUAGGUAAUUUAUUUUAAGAUUGAGCCGGAAGGUUUUCUCAGCCUAUUUCAAGCAAUUUUGUUGUUUUAGCUGUGUUUGAUGCUCUCUAUUGUAGGACAUUUUUUUUAUUGAGGACUGAGAAUAUUUAAUUUUAGUCGUGGAUGAAAAUGAUGGCUCAGAUUAAUUUUUUAAUUCAUAACCAACUUUUUUGUUCUA